CAUUUCUGUGUAGUUGAACCCUUUCCAACAAUGACUGUAUAAUUUUGAGAUCCAUUUUUUCACACUGGGGACAACUGAGGGACUCAUACGCAACUACUACAGAAGGUUCAAGCGCUCAGUGAUGCUCCAGAAGGAAACAAAAUGCAUUGAGAGCCAGGGGUGAAAACGUUUUGAAUUUGAAGGUCAGGGUCUUCUGGGAAACAUGUAAGUAUCUUCUCUAGCUUCUGAAGCACAGUACUAAAUGAAACAAUAUGAUUUAGGAAAAAUAAGAAAAAUGUACACAUCUCCAUUCUGUUCAAAAAUUUACACUCCACACUCUUAAUGCAUGUUUUUUCCUUCUGUAGCAUCAGUGAGUGUUUGAACCUUCUGUAAUAGUUGCGUAUGAGUCCCUCAGUUGUCCUCAGUGUGAAAAUACAGAUCUCAAAAUCAUACAGUCAUUGUUGGAAAGGGUUCAAACACACAAAAGUGCUGGAAAACCAAAAUAUUUGUGGGACCCAAAGGAAUUUUCUGAAGAACAGUGGGCAGUUUAACUGUUCAGGACAAACAAGGGACUCAUGAACAACUGUCACUAAACAAAAACACAGCUGUGGAUCAUUCAGGAACAACACAGUAUUAAGAAUCAAGCGUAUGUAAACAGGGACGUUUUCAUAAAUUCAACUAUUAUUUUGUCUUGUAGACUACAUGUAAAUGUCUUUUAUGUAAAAUAUCGUAUUGAGGUCAGUAUUUAAAAAAAAUAGCAUGCAUUUUGUAUGAUCCCUCUUAUUUUAUGAAAAUAAUAACAUUUUGCAGAUUCUGCAAGGUGUAUGUAAACUUUUGACCUUAAAUGUAUUUGUCCCAUUUUCUAAUUUUGUUUAACUCAGACUAUAUUUUCCAGAAAAUAUGAAGUAGAGCACAACUGUUUUUAACAUUGCUAAUAAUCAGAAAUGUUUCUUGAGAAGCAAAUCAGCAUAUUAGAUUGAUUUCUGAAGGAUGAAGUGACACUGAAGACUGGAGUAAUGAUGCUGAAAAUUCAACUUUGAUCACAGCAAUUAUAUUUUACCAGGAUGUUUAGGACUCCUCACGUUAAGACUUGCUUAAAUCAGCUCAGACUGGUGCUGAUGCUCAGAGACACUCAUAUCCAGCAUGAACGGACAAUCUGCAGCCGCUCUGCAUUGAGACGAGACGACGUUCAGUGGUGGGAACAACACAAGUACUUCUGCUCCAGUACUGCUUUAACACCUCACACCCGCUGCCCUGUUUCUAGAGGAUUCUCUCUUAUUUUGGACUCUUCCAAUCAUUUAUGUCCACAGGCCACGAUACGGUUAUGCACUCAUUUUCUGUUAACACACAUGAAUUAUGGCUGUAUGAGCUGGCUACACAUACCGAAUACUUUCUUGCGGUUUUUACACAUCUCUCCCACUAAUCAAAGCAAAGUGAAGAAAUACCAGAAUUCUCCUGAAAGCAGUAUUAAAAGACAAACAUGCUACCGUGUAUUAAAACACAGCACAAAUAGCACAAGCAGCUUCCGCUGGUUGUCUAACAUCGGCCCAGGCCUGUGGACUAGGCAUUUUAGAGCUGUUGCCCAAACUCGUGGGCUGCACAGAAAUGCACAUCAGCGGACUGUGAUGGACGAGUGUUUGUCUGCAGGAAACGAGGUUCGCUGCAAACGCUCGCUGCAAGCCAACUCUGCUCUGUACAAGCGAGAAGGGAAGAGCUGGGCGGCGGUACUGGUGUGUCUGUGUGCCGUGAGCGGGGAUCCCGCGCUCCUCUUCACCCUCAGAUCCGCCAAGCUGAAGGGUAGACACAAAGGAGAUGUCAGUUUUGCAGGGGGAAAGAAAGACCCUUCUGACAGAACCGUUGUAGAUACGGCUCUCAGAGAAGCGCGUGAGGAGCUGGGAAUCCACAUCACAGAAGAUAAAGUGUGGGGUGUGCUGAAACCGCUGCAUGAUAUGUCUGGAAUGAUGAUUGCACCUGUAAUAGCCAAUCUUGGACCAUUGGAGGAGCUCUCUUUUCAGCCUAAUCCAAGUGAGGUGGAAGAGAUUUUUACAGUGACAUUUGAGCAUUUAUGUCAACCUCAAAACAGAGGCUACACACACUUCCGCACCGGAGAUCGUUACGGGUACACACUCCCAGUGUUUCACAGCCCUAAGCAUCGCGUCUGGGGUCUUACGGCAGUGGCUUUGGAUCACGCGCUCAAAAUAAUUGUGCCACCAGAGCAGCUGUUGGACCGCAGCGUGAUUCAGUAGCACCUCCAGCAGACAGACCGCUUUCUAAACAUAUUACAGAUUUAGUUUUAGGAAGAAUCUCAUGGAAACUGUCAAGAAAGGUCUGGAUCAUAUUACAUCUCCCCCUUAAAAAAGGGAAAUUAAAACCAAUACAUUAUAUUUAAAUAAUGAAACUUAUUGUCAGGUCGUAUAUAAUGUGCUAAAUUUAAUUUAUGCAUAUUUUUGCUUAAGCUAGAUCACGGAUACUGUAACAGAAUCAUAAUGGUCCAUAAAAGUGAUGCAAUAUGACACUGAUCCAUAUCUGUGAGAUUCACCCAUUGGUAUGUUUCGGCUUUAGAGUUAAUGAAGAGUUAGCUGGUCUGCUGUUGUGAAGAGCCUCCACUGAAAUCAGAGUGUUUUUUUAACAAAGCACAUACGUUUGAAUGUAUUUUUGGGAUUAAAAAAUUAUGUUUUUCUGCAUCAUCUUAACCCAGAUGAUUGUUUUAAAUGUGAGUCUAAUAUAAAUGUCAUUUUAUUUAGCAUCAGUGCUUAUAAUAAAAGUGUUCAAAUGCUUUAA